CAGUUUGCUCGAUACGAUUUUCCGAAGAUGGCAAAGUUCGCGAUCGUCACGAUUGUCCUGUUGGCGAGCACCGCCUCGCAAUCCCAAAGGAUAAUUAGAGAAACACCGACACCAUCGACAGAUGAGAAUGCUGUGGCUAUCAGGGACAUCCUACAGAAAAUUUCGAGCGGGGACUCAAAUGUAAAGGAUGACGAAAAACUCGUCGAGCUCAUUAAGGGGGAGAUUGUUCGGACCGCGGAGGAGAUUAAAACGCCCACAGGAUCGAUCGAGGCGGCCGCUAAAAAAGCACAGAUGUUAGUGUCCGAAUUGACCUCGGCGUACACGAGCGCUAUCUACAAAUCCAAAUCUCCAGAGGAAGGUCGAGAGAAUUUUGCGCGUUUCCAGAUCACCGUCCAGGCGAUCGUCGAAUUCAUCAAAAACGGCCAGUUUCUAGCGUAGAAACCUGAAACGCCUCGUUUCCAACCCGGGCGUAUUUAUACGCCGUUGCACAUGUCUAUUUAUCACCAAUGUCACAGAUGUAUCAUAGAGAAUCGAUAAAUAUAAUUGUGAGUUAAUC